CCCUCCGUCUGUCUGUUGCAUUGUCUCAUAGGGAACACAGCGUGCAGGAGCACAGCACCAUGGAAACUCCACUGGACCGAGGCGCUUAUAAGUGACAUUUAAAAAGACAGAGGAUUGUGUCAACAGGAAAUUAAGACAUGGCUCGUUGAGGUUCCCUCGGUGCAUCGUUGGAUUAAUUAAUUCUAGUCUUGUGCCAGUCGGCACGGCUGCCUGAAGCUGUAGGCUGUGACUGCAUGGCGCGUUAGAGAUGGUGAUUACAUUUUCUCUAUCGCAGUGAUCCAAGCGGCUAAGUAGGCUACUAUGUUGCUAUCGCUCGUCCGGACCUGUGUUGCUCUACCCGGAGCUGCGCCAUAGCCAACUCGUUCGUCUCAUCCAUUGCACUGCAACUGAGCGGUGGUCAGCGGUGUGCCUUGGUUCCGCCUGCCGGGCACUCCGACGAGGAUGGCUGUCCGCCGCGGCUGCGUGAACUCGCUCUGGUCUGGCACUGAGCGCGUCCGCAUCGGAGAACGCCUCAACGCGACGCUGGCCGGGGUGCUGGAGCUGGAGCUGCUCAGGUGCAAACACCUGGAGAUGGUGGACACCGCUCUGGAGCACCGAGCCUCCACUAACGCCAACGCCGAAGAACCAUGCGCGAAGGAGGGGAGAGGAACCCCGGAGAUCGCCGCCUCGGAAGCCAAGCGUGGCUCUGCGACACCCCGCAGGCAACAGGCGCAGUCUCCCUCAGAUAUAGUGGUAUUGCCCUGUCAGAGCAGCCCAGAGGACUGUGGCAGUAAUUCAGGGGACGGGACAGUCCACUCCUCAUCUGGCAGGGGGAUUAACUCACGCUGGUCUACUCUGUCCUGGGAUGCCCCCUCUGACCUGCUCUCUCCACCAACACCAGACCCAAGUGGAACUGUCCAUCUGGACAGUGACUCCAGACCCAGUUCUAAAGGUUUCUAUUCAGUAAGCGGGAGCUCGCUCUCAGACUCGUGCUACUCUGUGUCCAGUGACGCUGCUCAGGGAGGAUCGGCGCCACCGGCCAGACCCCUGAAGCUGUGGGAGCAGGUCCCUCUGUCCGCUGACAACACUGACAUCCUGUGGUCAGAAGGUGCAGUGCAGCAACAGCAGCCUGCACUGCAGAGCAGCCAGGAGUACGCUGAACCAACAGAAGGGACACCACCUUCAGUCCAAAGUGACAUUGAAUUGGCCGGUCUGAGCUUUCUGUCUGACCUCUGCUCAGGACUCAGUGACUCCCUGAUUUCUUCCCUCCUCCCGCUUUUCGACCCCACCUCCUGCUUCCAUCCAAACCCCCAGCUGGACCCUCGCUUCUGCACUGACCUGGUGUCCCGUCGGACCAAAGAGGUGUACCCCUACCCAAGCCCGCUGCAUGCCGUCGCCCUCCAGAGCCCCCUCUUCACCUCCCAGAGCCAAGAGCAAUCAGCCUCUCCGAGCCCUGAAGGACCCCAACUAGAUGAACCACAGGAGUCCAAUGCUGAUCUAACUCUGCCUCAGCAGCCCCCUGGCCCAGCUUCUUUCACCCAGCUGGAGCAAUACAUCUCUCGACUGGCUCGCCAGUACCACAGCCGGGUAACCUCCGCCACGUCAGAUUUUACUUCAUCUGCCACCCCUGGUCAGGUCAGGCACAGAGGUCUAUGUACCCCUGGCAACAAUCAUGGUUCGACCCAGUCCCUUUCUGCCUUUGAGAGCCGCAGUACACCCUCCACUCUGCCAGGGGGCAGCAUCACUCCCUGUAAGUCACUGCUGGGAAACUCUGCCAGAAUCAGCCUCAGCACCACUGGGAAAAAAGCUACUAGAAAUUCUAUCAACCUGGGUAACCUUCCUUCAGCAACUGGAGAAGACUUGAACAUAAAUCUGCAUCUUAACCUCAACUUGAACCUGACUCCUGGUUUAAAUUCUAGCCGGGGACUGGUGGACAAUCCCAAAAAUGGCAGCUGUGGAGCUUUGAGGAGCAACAUCUCUUCAACUUCCACGGCCUCUGCUACAUCACUCUCCUCCACUACACCCACCCCAGCACUUAGGGCUCGCCCUCGCAUUUCAACAUGUCCAAGCAGCCUGAGCCACCGCAGUUCCCUGGAGGUCACUUCAGGGUCAGGACCCACUUCUGGAUUUGGGUCAUCUGUAUUCUGCCGUUCGGUAGACUGGAGCAGCGGUGCUCCACCUGAGACUGGGUCAUCAGUGUUUGGUUCAAACUCUGGAUCAGCUCCAGGGUCUCAGCGCAGUAGCUUGAUCCAAGAGUCCAGCUCCAGUCCCAAGCUGAGCGAAGACUCCCAAAUGGUGGGGGAGAUCUCACGUCUCUCUGGCCUCUCUAGGGCUGUUGUGGUGGGAUUGAUGGAACAAGGUGUGGAGCUGGAUAUUGAUUGCUUCCAAACGGAUCCUGCAGGUGAGGUGAGGGGUCACAGUAAAACCCACCUGAAAGCCCAGACAGAUCAUUCACAUGAUUAUACUAGACUAACCGACAUAAAUCCCCAGAGACCCAUACAGCUGUCUCUCAGUGUCACCCAUUCUCCACAGUCUCAGUCUAGCCUCACCCCUCCUCUCUCACACUCCAGCAGCCCCAUACACCCCUAUCAGUCCAUCCAUAUUCCAUCUUCCCACUACUCCUCACAAUGCCACUACCAGCAAAUCCCUUCCCCAUCUGACCUCCCCUCUUCCACGGCCUCCUCCCCUGCCUCCCACCCCACCACCAGGGGCCGUUCCCCUCCCCGGCCUCUCCAGCCAUCCCCUCUGGGUGCCACCCCGCUCUCUGUUUUCCGACGAGAUGCGCCCUUCCAGUGCUCCCUGCCUCGCACCGAUACCAGGAGCUCUCCUUUGGAUCACGGCGGUAUCCAACCAAGGGGUGGGUCACUUCGGCAGAGUGGGGGUAGUGGUGGGUGUCAGAGGGUGGAGGGGGAGGGGCUUUAUAAAGGAAAGCAUGCCUCCCACAAGCUGAUCCGGGCAGCCACAGUAAGCAGCUAUGCCAAGAGAGAGGACUAUAGCUCUGUUUGGGCUGGGGUGCAGGAGAGGGAGCGAUCAGCAGUCCAGACACCCAGGAAGACCUCCAACAAACUCUGGAGGGGCUUUGAGGGACGCCUCUGGAGCAAAGAGUCCGAAAGCGAAAGAGAAGAGAUGGACAGAGCUGAGUAUGGCUACGGAUGGAGGAGGAACAGCGUUGGAAGCUGGAGGAGGGAGCAUCGAAAGAUGAAGACUUCAUCUAGCAAUAAUGACAGAAGGCCAAAAGUAGACAACUCCCCCAUCUUCUCAAAGAAGAGGGGGAAGGAAGAUGGGGAAAGACGCAGCACCAGCCUCAGGCUUUCCAGGAGGGCUUUGUUCAGGAGUGAGUCCCAAGGCUUGCUGGUGUCUCGUAAUCACGGCGAGGAGCCCACAAAGCAGGAACACUGGGUCUCCUCAUUAGAUGUGGGGCAAAGUGGCAUGGGCCACAGCAAAGACGAAGGAAUCAGAUUGCUGAGAACAAAGGAAGAAGACAAAUGCCUGUCCUCCACCGCCAGCCUCUUCAACCUCUCUAGCUCUCAGAGCCUGGAAGGCAGCUGCCAUUCCCUCUCCCCUCUCUCCUCCCCUUCCUUCUCUCCAUCCCCUCCUUCACGGAUGUCCCUACAGCGCUCUCGAUCACUGAGGGACUUGGGGAGGAGAGUGUUUGGCUCCAUGAGGUCCCUGAGUCUCAAACGGAAGCCAUCUAAGAAGUGACAUAUGUACAAUAAAUAUCCAUCACAGUAUAUGCAUCUUCCAUGUGUUAAGUUCAAAACACCAGUGAUUGAUGAGUGGUUGGCAUUAUAUUUCAUGUAAAAGGAGGUUCUAUCAUUUUAAAAUUUCAAAGACUGAUUGAUUAGACAGAUUUUAUAAUACUGGCCAUAAGAUAUCCGCCAGUCCUAUAAUCCACUACCAAUAUGAUGGAAGCUACUCUCAGGCACGUCUGUAAAAAGCUAUUCAUUUUGCUCUUGGCUCACAUCAUUCAUCUUAGUAAUGUUUUUGUACAUUUUUAAAGACAUUCUUUUUAUAGCCUCACAAAAAAACUACAAAAUGUCUUUCAAAUAAGUUCUGCAGCAUAAUUAGUGAGUUGCAGCAAAUCGAUUUUGCUGUGUCUCCCAAAUUCUUUCCUCAUUAAUCGUGCAGCGUGGCCCACAGAGAAUUGUCGGUAAAGAAAACAUAGGUGACAACUUCAUUUAGGGGUGAAUAAUUCCUUUUAGGAGCUGGAAAGAACUACAAACCUUUGACAUUUUAUUAGUGUGGGUUUCCGUGUUUUUCAGUGUAUGAAUGCAGUUUUAAAGGAUUUAACAUCUCAACUGAACUAUAAUGUACAUUCCCCUUCUGCAUGCUGCUCUGUGACUUGUUCAGUGAUUAUAGCUAUUGUGAGAAUGUGAUAAUCCUGUUAAUGGGCGACAGUGCCUCUGAAGUACAAUCAUAUUGGCCAAAUAAUGACCAAAAACAAGCAAAUACUCUUUAACUUGAUAUUGUGCUCAGGAUUUUUAAAUAUUGAAUGAUUAAAAUAUUGAAGUUAGUUGAGACAAAAUGUGGCUUCUCAUGGCUUACAGUUAAUAAAAGAAAUGUAUACCUAAA